AUGUCGAUCUUCAGGGAGCUUCGGCGGCGCUCCAAGGCCAGCUUCCGUACAACCACCUCAACCGACUCCCAACCCAACGACAACAUGCAAAGCGGCCAAUCUUCCUCAACAAUAGGAACCGCAUACAGCUCCAAUACGCCGCCCUCCCUCCAGCCAUCCGCGUCGUCGCCAAACCUCCAUACACUCAGCGAGACCAUGAAAGGCUCAGGGGUGCCGCCCAUGCCGUCACCGCUCCCCCAACGCCCGUCGAGCAAUGGCUCCCCCGCAAAUGGCUCCGUGCGAACACCGGUCGCAACUUCUCCCUAUGCCCCGCGCAUCAUCUCUAUAUCCGACAAUUCAUGGGUGCAUCAGAAAAUUUUGUUGGUCUCUGGCCACAUAGGCGAUCCGCGGCACUUGUCGAUAGACGGAACCCUGACGGUAUACCACGACAAGGAUAGCUUCCCUGUGACGACCUGGCCGGUUUCAGACUCCCAUUUCAAAGUGCUCAUUCAUCUAGUUCCGGGGCCCAACCGGUUACGCUUUGAUUUCACCUCCCCAAAAUUAUCCUCCAGCUCGGCCUACACUCAUUCGUCCUGGCACAGCAUUAAUUACCUCCCAUUGAUUAACGCCCCACCUCUUGACCUGGUAAUUCUCUUGGCUAAGGAUUCUCCGGGCACCUUUGAUUCAGUUCCUGAACGCAUUCAAACCGAAGGUAAUAAUCUUGAUGUGGCCAUCAGGAAGUAUCGAAUGGCUGCCUAUCUCUGGCAAGCCUUUACUGGAGAGCAAAUGUUUCGGAAUGGUUUCAGUAGGAGGUGCUUUCGGCUGGAAGAGGAAUGGCAAACAGGCAGUCUGAGCCAGAGAGACCUCGCAUCGGGGCAGAUAAGAAACGAAGCCAAAGUACAUAUUGUGAGAACCGAAAAGACGGUUGCCGAAUUACGAGACUUGGAUAUAGCUCAACAGUACGGGCCUGCGAAGAGAAAAGACGAAUUGUUCAAUAUUGCAAAAGAUGCCGUGAAUGCAUACUUUCGGCCACAUCCGGAGCAGAAACGUUAUGUUUCAGUGCUAUUACUUGAUUCGCAUUGGGACGUGGAAUCGCAAGUAAUCACCGCUCAUGCUGCGCUGGGUUCUGACGGCGGUAACAUAAAGAUGGCAAUAUUUGGCUCUCAUAAUCUUCAAAAUUACCCGUCAUGUCUAGAGCAAGUGGCUCCCGCAUUUUCCGACACCACACCAACAGAUACAAGGUAUAUAGCCAACGAUUGUGGAGAUGCGGGAAGCAGUUGGGAGUCAGCUAAUAUCGGCAUCGGAGCUCAUAUGCACGAAGUCGGUCAUUUAUUUGGGUGUCCACACCAAGAAUCUGGUGUCAUGUUGCGUGACUAUGUCCGUUUGAACCGAACCUUCACCACUCGGGAGCCGUAUUCGACUCGUACAAGGUCAGAAGGCGUCAGACUAUGUCUGCCAACAGAUGAAUGCCAAUGGCAUCGACUUGAUACCCUAAGAUUCAGAUUCCACCCUUGCUUCCGUCUACCGAGUGACCCCCCUAGCCAUCCAGAUGAGAGUAUCCAGGCCUGGGCAGUGGAACAUGGAAGAAUUCUAUUUACGGCGGCAUCAGGGGUUGCUUUUCUAGAACUUUACACAGAGGGCGAUGACCUAUGUCACAAGUUCUUGGAGUUCAUCAACAACGAGAGUGGUAAUAUACCCAGACAGGUAACCGUCACCGAAAGUGAACUGCGGAAUUUGCUACCCCUUGAACAGCAGAAGAAGAAAAUACGGCUUGAAAUUUUCUCAGGAAACCUUGGGCGGCAUCGAAUUGAUGACCUAAACGCUGUGACGUCGAAAAAAUCGCUUGUCAAGCUUCCCAAGGGUCAGACGGGGUUUACUAGUAUCAAGCUAGGGUUUUCUCAAAUGGAAGGAAGUGAACCCCAGCAGGUUAUUUUAGAAAGUGCAUUUGUCCAGAAGAAAGUUUUGACGUCUGUCAAAGUCUAUCAUGGGUUUGCCCUUGAUGGCAUAGAAUUCUGUUAUGAAGAUGCAACUAGUCAAUUAUUUGGCAAACGAGGCGGGAAGCCAGGCGGCGAUGAAUUUGUUUUUGAUGCACGACGUGGAGAACUUUUAUUGGGUUUUUAUGUCCGAGCUGGUCUCUGGAUUGAUGGAAUUGAAAUUCUUACUAGUUUUGGGAGGAAAUCAGGUGUAUAUGGGAACGCGAAUGGAGGCUCUGGGCAUACCUUGAUACCGCCUCGAGGCUAUAGCAUUGUUGGAGUUUCGGGAUCUUGUGGUGCAUGGAUCGAUGGGUUUUCACUAAUUGUCACGCAUUAA